AUGCGUCCAGCGUUCAGGAUCUACGUGAUGAGCGAUGGUGGCCUAGACUUCAGCGCAUUGUGUGCGAAGGAGGGCUGCACUUUUGUGUUGUGCCCACCAGCGAACGAUCGCUGGCAUCCAUGGCCUUUCUUCAGACGUUUAUUCGAUGCAGCUGUCAGCCUCAACACCAAGUACGUCAUCAUGUUGGAACCGGACAAUACCGUGCACGACUACAUUAAACGUCCACCACCAGCGGACGUGGGCGGUCUGCUUGUGACGGGACGGUCAUUUGGAUUGGUGAAGUAUGUUGAAAAAAUGGCUCAGAAGCGUGUUCCUGGCUUCAAAUGGUCUUCGCGAAGCAUGUCAUCAGGGCUUUGUGGCGGAGCCUAUUUCAAACGUGAGGCCAUCCUUGACGCCCUGUCGGAUGACAACAUGAUGAAGCUGGACUGGAACUACUUAGGUGAGAAGUUGAGCAAAGAAAUCUUUUCUUCCGACUUUGCGCUGCA